AUGGCGGAGCCGCUGUGGCGGACCCCGCCGGGCCGCCUGGCCCCGCCGCACGUCUAUCGCAUGGCGGGGGCUCUGGGCGCCGAGCUGCGCCGCCUCUCCGGCCGCUUCGGGCCCGAGGCCGUGGCCGGGCUGGUGCCGCCCGUGGUGCGGCUGCUGGAGCUGCUGGAGGCGCUGGUGGCCCCGGCGGGCGCCGAGGCCGGGCCGCAGGAGGCGGAGGACCCGGAACAGAGGCUGUGGGAGGCCGAGCGCCAGGAGCGAACCCUGCACGGCCGCCUGGCCUGCCUGGAGGAGCAGAACCGGCAGCUCCUGGGGCAGCUUGCGGAGAGCCAAUCCCAGGAAGAUAGCACAGCACGGAAGGAGCGGGAGGUGAUGCUGCGGCUGAAGGAGGUGGUGGACAAGCAGAGGGAUGAACUUCGUGCCCAGGCCCACGAGAUUGUUUGCAAGAGCCGAGACACGGAGGCGCUGCAGGAACAGCUGCAUCGCUUCAUGUCCAUGAACGAGGACCUGCGGCACAAGGUGGCCGUGGUGCAGGCUCAGCUCAAGAGUGCUCUGGAGCAGAAGUCGGACCUGGAGGCUGCGAUGCUGCAAAUCCAGAAGGAAAUGAGCAGGAGGAGCAGGACAGCCCAGGAGACCCAGCAGCCAGAGCCUGGCCUGGAAGGAGCCCCAUCGCCCACGGAGGAGCCACAGCACCAGGAAGGGGACAGGAGCCCCGCUCAGUGCUGCUUCUCUAAGGAAGAGCUGCAGCAGAUCCUGCAAGAGCGGAAUGAGCUCAAGACCAACCUGUUCCUGGUGCAGGAGGAACUGGCCUAUUACCAGCGGGAGCUGCUGAACGAGGAGAGAAUUCCCGGCUUCUUCUUGAACGCGAUGAAGUCAAAUAUCAAAAAACAGAGAAAAAAAAUCAGAGCCAAAAUGUUGGGAACGACGGAGGAGUCGGCGAGCAGUGAUGAAGAUGAGGGCUCCUGGCUCCCAGCUCAUGGCACAGACUGUGUGGAUGCUCAGCCUCCUGAAUCCAAAAUUAGGAGCUUUUUUGGGCUGUGGUAUCAGGGCAGCAACAAAGAGCCCCCCACAUCCAGCUGCUCCGGCACCUGGGAAAUCAUCGACUCGCUGGACACGGAGGUGGAGCCAAAGGGAGAGAAGGAGCCGGCAGCCAGUUCCCCCAACAGAGCCACGGCACCCCUCUGACCCCACCUGAACAGGAGCUGAUCUGACCUCACAGCAGCACUUCCCAGCUCCUCUUCUUCUGGUGUCUUCGAGAGCAGCACAGCAGCCCUGGCCCCUUCCCUGUGCCGUGGUGACGGCGAAGCCAGAGCGUGGGCAGAUUGCUGCAAACCCCUUGGGGCACUUGGAUGUGGGGUGCCAGCCUGGCAUGGGACACCUCAGCACCUCUGGGCAUCUCUGCCCAUCAACCACCCUUUCACUGUGCCCAUGACUUAACUAUGGGGGGUCCUGCACAGCUGUGCCCCCCACACACACUUCUCCCUGCUUGUAGCUCAGCGUGGUGAGGGUCUC